AUGCAUGUUCUCGAGGAUUCCCAAGAGAAUUACCCGACUUUUUCAUCUGCGCUUCAAAUUUGCGGCUCUGAAGUGAAUCAUUUGGCUGAUUUGAUUGGGAUUUCACCGUCUUACAUGCGAAAUGAAGCCAGACGCUGGACAGAGGCGGCUCAAAUCUAUUCGAAUCUAAAAAAAGAGAUGCCACGUCGAAAGAGCUAUAGUGUGGUCAGACCAGUACACGAGCCAAGAGCCAGGCAUACAUCGGAAUGUCCGACUCCGGUACGGGGUGGAGCUCUCCGCCAUUUCCACCGUACUCUCUCCGAAGAAGCCCGAAUCGAGAGCCUUCCCGACCUCCAUUAUCGAAAAAUGAUGAAAAGUGAGCCAAUUCCGUGCGUGCGCUGUGGGGUCGGCAGUUCGACAUCACCAAGCUCACUCGGCCUUUCACUGAACAAAGUCGGCUCGAUGAACCGUUCCCUAGCCGGCACUGGAUCCCAUUCGAGGAGUGACCCGCGGAGUGACGGCACACUGGAGCUCGAGGCAAUUGCCGCCGUUCACGAGCUCUCCUUUGCCGUGCAACAGAUCUCUGUCUCGGAGAUCCUACCACGGACACCGGACUUGAUCUUCGUCAACGUGACAACGAUUGAAGGUCAACCCUACUGUUUGGAGUUGACACUAAAGGGCUGGCGAAUCACCUCACAGCGCUCAGACUGCAUGACGGGCGACUUCACGAAUCUAGACCUUUUCACAAAGUAUUACGACAGUUUGUACUCGUUAAUGGAUGAUAUUUCUCCCGGAUAUCGUGUGCGCUUCGGCGAGAAACUCGCGCAUCGACUGAAGAUGUUACAGAACGAUGACGACAGCUACGACUGUAUGGCCCCUUGUGGCUCGUAUGCCUCACCACCACUUUCCCUCUCAUCCGGCUCUCCGCAUCGAUCCCUUCACUCAUCCAGUGAUUCUCUGCCUGUUGUCACGCCAGUCUCGUCACCAACUCGUGAAUUCGAGAAGGCCAUUUUUGCA